AGGCAGGAACUGAGAUUGAGAGAGGCCACAAUCCUUGCAAAAAUUGUAAAGGAAUUGUACUAAUUGAACAUAUAUAUAGAGGUAGUUUUUAUUAGAUUACCAUCUGAACAUAUAUCUGGCGCCGGAAAAAAAUUAAUAACAAAAAGAAACUGUAAAGUGCGGUUACUCCCUGAGAAUACUUCCUGAGAAGUGAAUUUCACUGCGUCACAAAGGGAAAUGGAGCGUGUACAGGUUGUUUCGUCACCAAUAUGCGCUUUGCAUUCGUAUUCGCAUUUGCAGGAAGUAUGAACCGGGCUUAAGGCUUCCCUGUGAGCCUAGUAUAGUGGUCUAACAUUUUGGGCCUCCUUAUUGCACACGUCUGUAAACGGAAAGAAGCUGCCUACUUUAAAUUUGUACGUCCUUGCAUUGAAUAUGCAUCUUCCAUCUGGGACCCACACACCCAAUGAAACAUCCGAAAGCUCGAACAGGUUCAACGCACCUCUGCACGCUUUGUCACCAGUGACUUCAGCUGAGAGAGUAGCGUUUCAGCCAUGCUUUCAUCCCUCAAAUGGCCAUCUGCUGCAGGAAAGGCUUCAUCAGAGUCGCCUUGCCUUGAUGUAUAAAAUUCAUCAAAACCUAGUCGACAUCGAAGAAGACCACUACCUCACUCCUCUAUCAUCUAUAACUAGAGGUCACAGCUCUCGCUUCAGGUUCCUUUAAACCAGCUCAUGAGUGUACACUAACUCCCUCUUUCCCCGCACCAUCUGGAUUUGGAUCUACAGAAGGAUCCAGCUUUGUACUCGACACCUCUAAGACAGCUCUGAGGGUGAACCAGCUGAUACGUCUUUAAUUUGAAGUGGACCAAACCAGCACUGCAACCAUGAGUUCCAAAAAGAAGCGAGGCUUCCACAUGAAGGAAUCAGAACUCCUCUGCAAGAAUGGAUGCGGUUUCUAUGGGAACGUGGCUUGGCAGGGAUACUGCUCCAAGUGUUGGAGGGAAGUCUGUCAGAAAUCUCGGCAGGCUCAGAUUGAGAGCGAUGCGUUGCUCGCUCGCAAGAUUGCUGACAGUGAGCGUGCUCAGUCCUCGCAACCUCCUCCAGCCCAGGGUGCAGAGACCCUCGCUUUUGAUAAGUUUGGGGAGAAGAAGAAACAGCAUUCUUCCACUCGUAGCAAAGCGAUGAAAACCUUCUUUGGCAAAACUGCAAAAAGUCCAAACAAGGAAACUCAACCCCAGCACCCACCCCUUGAGAAAAAGCAUAGCUCCGAGAGCCAGAGAGCCAUGGGUGACUUCAUGGAAUUCCUGAAGAUGCUGAACCGCCCUGCUGCUCAAGACCUGAACAAGCAGUGCCGUUUCUUUGUUGAGAAGGUGCAACGCUCCACUCAGCUUAACAUUGAGGAGCAGUCGGAGCUAGUGCAGGACUUCUACGCCGCCAUUGGAGAAAGAAUCAAGACACAUGUAGCGUUUAAAGGUAAACUCGCCAGAGGUUCUUCUCAAGACCAACUUGAAGGUAUGUUAGACAAUGUGGAGAAGAUCAUCAUGACACGUCUGUACCGGACGCUCUUCUGCCCCCCGUACACUGAUGAUGAGCAGAAGGAUCUAGCCAUCCAGAAUCGCAUCAGGAGACUAAGAUGGAUUACUCCGGCAAUGCUGGAUGCAGUAAUUGAUGAAGGCAAUCCUAGAGUACGAGAGCUGAUUGAAAGAGCUCAGACAGAUCUCAUUGAGGUUAAUUCUCGCCGAGCGCCGAUUGACAAACUUGCGUGUAUCGUGCGCUGUAGCCAGAAUAUCUUCAAGAUCAUCAAUCUGUCCCAGGAGGCACCAGCGAGUGCAGAUGACUACCUGCCUGCUGUUAUUUACAUGGUGUUAAAGGCAAAUCCACCUCAGCUUCACUCUAACAUACAGUACAUCACUAGAUUCGCUAAUCCAUCCCGGCUAAUGCAAGGCGAGGCAGGAUACUACUUCACUAAUGUGUGCUGUGCAAUAAGUUUUGUGGAGAAUCUGGAUGCUCAGUCGCUGUCUCUGACCCAAGAAGAAUACGACAGUUACAUGAGUGGUAAGGCCACCCCACCAGGCAGUCAAUUCAAUCAGCCGAUUUGCAAUGGAUUGAAGCUCAUGUAUGCCAAUCUAGCAUCGCUAGAAGAGCUACGAGGUAGACAGGAUCAACUAAUGAAGAAUGCCAGGGAGUUACAAGGAGAGAUGACGGCUUGGAGGGAUAGUGUGAUUAACCAGGUUGACGAUGUGUUAAAGAACAAACCAUUGAUCAUCAAACGUUGCAAGGUACCAGCCGGACUGGAUACAGAGAUCUCAAGUACAUCACUGAACCUUCCUGCACCGAUGAUGCCACAAGUUGUCAACAAGUGAAAUAAACACAAUGGCCGGCAAUGACUGAACUAAAACCCCUAAUAGGGUUGGACAUUUAUGCAGACCUCAGGAAGGUGGUUUUAUAAUAAUAGUAGGCUCUUAUACAGCGUGCAUAUACGCCACUCAGUGACGCGCCUGUAUUUCCUGCAAGAUGUGGGACUACCUUUUAAUUAUGAGACCUAAUCUUUUUAUAGCACCUUGUAAUGUUUUACAAGGUGCUGGGCGCAAGGUUGCUGCCUGAUGUUUGCAUGCGGAUCUUGCCCAUCUGUGGAACUUCACCUUUGGGAGGGCAAGGCCAUUACAUUUUGCAAAGGGCACUUGUACUGGAAAGUAUGUUGGAAACUUUUGAUUGUGCACCAACAAGGCCAAGACCAGGGCAACAUACAUGUAGGCUAUAUGGCCUCCUUGUGAUUCAAGACAUAGUGGAUUAAUUCAGUUGAAGAUUUGGCACUGAAUCCAUCAAGUUGGUUUGAACCAGCGAAAGCAAUGCUUUGCUGAAACUAUGAUAAUUACACAGCCUAAGUUGAAGAAUGAUUUCUUUUCCACUGGGUGACAUUGGUUGAGUUUGAUUAGAUUGGUGCUCUCUUCAUCAUAUAAAGGAACUUUGUUAUCAGAGUCAACAACCCAACUUAGCAAGCAUUACAAUUGCAUGGUACAUUGUCUUCAAUCACGGAAUGAUGGGAGGACCUUUGAAUAACAUUGAAUAGCAGUUCAGACAUCUACUCUAGAAUGUGAGGGCUGUUGGUUCGAAUCCAUCUUGAGUUGCAUGGGAUGUAUUUUUCUGCAGGACUCUGUAAGCACUGAGUGCUUCUCAGGCAUCAGUGUGAGGAUAAAACCAAAAUCAAAUAAAUCAAAACCACAUUAUCUAAAAUGUAUAAUGUCCUGCUUUCCAGUACAAAGCUGGGGUUACCCUUUGAUCUUGGAUAAUUUGAAUGUCAUAAUCCUGUAGCCCAGAGCUGUGGGUCAUUUUGGUUCAGCGAGUCAUGUGAACAAAGAGAGCAGAGUAGAGCUGGGUAUUUUGUGUGGAUAUUUUUCAGAGUUAAAUGUGGCAGCUGGAGUUUGCACUCGAUUUAGUUGCUUUUUUAGAAGUGUAAAUUAUGCUAAAAAAAAAAAGUCAAUUGUCAAAUGUGUUUAUUAGUAAUAUUACAAACAAUUAAAAUAAUGUGCAAUAUAACCAAAGAGAAACAUUGUCUUCAUUUACAAUAACUCCAGAAGCGUGCCCCAAUCUCAAUAAGCUGCAUGAGCACACAAUCUCAAUAAGCUGCAUGAGCACACAAUCUCAAUAAGCUGCAUGAGCACACAAUCUCAAUAAGCUGCAUGAGCACACAAUCUCAAUAAGCUGCAUGAGCACACAGUCUCAAUAAGCUGCAUGAGCACACAAUCUCAAUAAGCUGCAUGAGCACACAAUCUCAAUAAGCUGCAUGAGCACACAAUCUCAAUAAGCUGCAUGAGCACACAAUCUCAAUAAGCUGCAUGAGCACACAAUCUCAAUAAGCUGCAUGAGCACACAAUCUCAAUAAGCUGCAUGAGCACACAAUCUCAAUAAGCUGCAUGAGCACACAUUUUCAAACUAAACUAUUGUGGUCGGGAUAGUGUUAAAACAUGAAUGUGAUCAAUUUCACUAGUUUGGUUGUCAAAAACGUAUUAACUUCAGUCAUUUGUAAAUCCACCUGCGAUUUAAACCACCUGUGUAUACAGUAUUUGACUUGAUGAUGUGUGUUUUACAACAUGUAAAGUCAACCUAGGAAGAACGUCCUGAGUAUUCCAAUGACUAAAUGCAUACGUUGGUAAUGAUUAAUGCAAUUUGAAGUGGAAUAGGGGCAACGAAAUUAUCUACACAUCAACAACUCCACACAACCUCCCCAUACUUCUUAUGAAAAAAAGUACAUUUUAGAAAAAUGAAUAGCAAAUAAUAGAUGAGCCCGUAAUAAAUCGUUUUAAUUUUGUCAAGUGUAUUCAACAUAAAUGUGUAUACGUGAAUGACAAAGUUGCUUCUAAGGUGUCUUAUGUGACAUUCCUAUCCUGAACUAAUUUUAGUUUGAGGUUUAGGUUUAGAAGUAGCGUACACAAUUCAGAGCAGACUUCAGAAUUUAAGGCUUAUACAUUCAGGAGAUUAUUUCUUCAUUGUGCGACCAGCAGGAGAACGCACAAAUCUUAAACGAGGAUAGCAGAAAAUAUCCCUUGAAUUAUUUCUACCGGAAAUGUCAUAUUUGAUGAUAAAUAAUAGUUUGUCACUCACUGAGCGUUUUGUUAAUUUGUUAAUUUUUUUUUUAAAAUCGAUGUUAUGCAAAAAAUAAUGUGUAAUCGGCUUUUUACCAUUUUCUCGUGACCCAGAUGGCCGAUCGAUCUCAACCUUCUACAGGUUUGUCAAUUAGUGUAUGGUUGAUUAAAUUAAGUGCUUACACCCACAGCAACUGUUUUGUUAUAAAACAAAAACCAUAUCUAGUGUUCCUUUAAAGGAACACAUUGCCUUGGAUCGG